CGUCGUUCGGGUUUGAACACAAAAGGCGAGAACGCCGACGCCGGAGUCUCGUGGCGACGAGCCAAUUUGCGGAACCAGCCGGCCAUCAAUUCCUUCUUCUAUCGCAACAUUUUCACGGGAAAACUCCUUCCAAAGGAAAACGGUGGUCCUGCCGAGAACCGCUCGCAUCUCUACGCCCACGAGCGCUCUGGCGCCACUUCUGCACCCACCGCCAAGUGCUCGAACGUGGAGCUGUGGGCGUUGACGGACGGGCGCGCGGAGGUCCUGACCCUGAGCCACGGCAAGGUCUGCCCUUUCCGGAUGUGCAGACAGAAGUUCGGAAUCGGCACGUUUGACCUGAGCUGGCACAUGAGGCGGCGGCACGGCUACGAGCCGUGCCGGGCGACGUCGUGCCGCCUCUUUUUCGCCGACGUCGCCGAGCGGGACGCGCACGAGCGGCGCCAACACGGCGCCCACAAGAAUCUGGCGUGUCGCGUGUGCGGAAGGGGCUUCAGCAGCGCCGUCGCCCGCACCAGCCACGUGUGGAUCGUCCACCGCUGCUUCUCGUGCGACAGGAAUUUCGCCAAGAACGAGAUGCAGGGCCACCAGUGCCGAAACUGCCGCCGAAACACCGCCACCGCCCGAAAAGCCACCAGGGCGGACAAUUUUUUCGUUUAA